AUGCAAGUUAUCACUUCCGUGGCCGGUGGGCGUCCAAUUCUGAUGGACGCGGAAGGCGAACAGCUCAUCGCCGAGCUCAUUAUAGAGUUGGCCGAUAAAACAGGUCUUGAUAGAGGCAAUAUGAAGAUCGCAUUCAACGGCAAGAUUAUGGACGAUGAUGAUACCCUCCGCGAGUGUGGCAUUGAAGACCUGUCGACCGUCCGAGUUCUUCUCCCUCUCAAGGGUGGUCACAUCCCUCAUCCCGUCAAAUAUGUUGGCCCAAGAAGGUAUGGAAGAUAUGUCUAUGGUAUGAAUCGUCCCCCCGUCCUGAGACAAGUCAAGGAUUGGAUCGACUGGACCGGCUGGAACAGUGUAUUUGGCGGAUUCUCUUUCCAAGUCGCCUUCGGCCUCAUGAUCGUAUCUGGAGUUUAUCUCAACAACUACCGUGCUACCCAUACUCUCUACUACACCAACAAACCCGACAACCAGGACAUUUUGGGACAUUAG